GUUUGUGGGAGAGGGAGGGGAUUGGUGAAUUGAUUAAUUUAAAUGUGUGGUUGGGUGCAGUCAUAUCAAAAGCAUCAAUAGAAAAUUAUUAACAUAUAUUAAUUUAAUAAUGGAUAAAAAGAUAAUAGCAGAUGUAUUCCAAAGGCAUUUAGAUUAAUUGACCAGUCGUCUCAAUGAUGUAUGUUUUGUUAAAUUAGAAGAUAGGACAUCCCAGCCCUAUGCAUUCUUUCAGGGAAGGAGGAUGGGUCGAUCAAACCAAAAACUAAGGCUUUAUUUGUGUGGUUAUUCGGAUACGAUAUGAUUGAGACUGUGUUCAUCGCAACAAGGAAACAAAUUUUCUAUUUGGCGAGCGAGAAGAAGUGUAAAUGUGUUGUUCUGACUUUUGAAUAGUGUAGAUGAUGGAGGAGACUAAGCAGCGAUUGGGCGGGAGAUAUGAAGUCCACUUCUAUAAGAAAGUUGCUGACAAUCGUGACAGCUUCGAAAAAAUUCGCUAGAAAUUGGGGAAUGGCAAGCUGGGAAUGCCUGCAACAGAGCAACAAGCAGGUAGUUUGGCCACAGAAUGGUACGACUAUAAAGGAUGGUCUCAAAUUGUGGAUGCGAGUUAAUUGAUUAGUGAUGUCCUCGCAGUAAAGGAUGACCAAGAGUAAGCCUUCAUCAAUCAAUCAUCGCAAUUGACUACUCGUCUUUUCAAGAAGCUCAUCAAAUAGAUAGAGGAUUCAAUCGAUGUUGGAACACGCAUAACUCAUUAAGAUUUGGCAAAGAAAGUGGAGUAAUCAUUGGACAAUGAUAAACAAAAAGUCAUAAAAGACAUCGGAUUAUAAGAUGGCUUAUAUGAUUUUGCCUACACUCCGAUAAUUCAGAGUGGUGGCAAUUAUCAGCAAGUGGAUGGUCCAAAUAAAGACUACCUAUCUUCAGAUGUAAUUAUUAUAUCACUUGGUACUUAAGUGAAUGAAUAUAACACAAAUUGCAUAAGAACAUUAUUUAUUAAUCCUACGGAGGUGCAAAAGAAAUUGUAUAACACAAUUAUAGAAGUGUAGAGCAAAAUAAUUGGGUUAUUGACAGUGGGCACUCCAUUGAAUUAAGUGUAUAAGGAAGCAUUGCCUAUCCUAUAGCAGAAGAUCUAAGAAAUAAACAUCGCGAAUGUUUAGUUGCCAUCUUCUUUUGGAUAUGGCAUAGGGCUAGAGUUGAAGGAACCCUUUCUUGCCAUUUCUGAAAAGGCAACUCAUCUUGUGGCUAAGAAUGAAGUUUAUUUUGUAUAAGUAACAUUGGAGAAUCUUCCAAAUGGGUAGAAGGGUAUCAGUUACACAAUUUCUGUUGGUGAUGUCAUUGUGGUAACAAAUGGAGCAGCCAAUGUGACUACCAACCAAAUUCCAAAGGCUUAUAAAUAGAUAUCAUAUCAAUUGUAGGAGGAGGAUGAAUAGCCUGCUCAGAAGCAAUAGCCCAAGUAGGCAGAUGCUCCAAAGGAGGGGCGAACGAGAGCACCACGUAAUUAAUAGAUUCAAAUACAGAGAGAGAAUGAGAAAUAGAGACAGAUUCAUCAGGAGAAGUUGGCGAAGGACAAAUAGAAUGAGUUGGAGGCGAGGUUAGAGCAGGAUUAGUUCGUAUAGAAUUCUCAGGAGACUAAAGCUUUGGAGUUGGACAAGUUGUAGUGUUACUAGAAACCAGAGCAGUAUCCGAAGGAGUUGUAAAAGGGAUAGAUUUAUAUUGAUAAUUAGAAAUGCGCAGUGUUGGUACCAUUGUUGGGUACUCAUGUGCCAUUUCAUGUGUCUUGCAUCAAAAAUGUGAGUAAGAUUGACGAAGGCAAGAUGGGGUCGUCUAUUAGAAUCAAUUUCUUUACUUCAGAGACUACAGCCGGGCAGAUUCAAUUCCCUCAGAUUGAUGGAGAAACAAUCUUCAUCAAGGAGUUGUAGUACAGAUCAAAGAAGAGUGAUCGUCCUUAGAAUUUGAUAUUGUAGAUAAAAUAAUUAUAGAAAAAGGUGAAGGCAGAAUAAUAAGUGGAGAGGGAGAAAUAGCAUGUUGGUGAAUUAGAACCUUUGGUUGUUAGCAAGUCUGGUAGAAAACCCAUUUUCAAGGAUUUGAAAGUGAGACCUACCUUUGGGUCUGGUAAAGCUGCAGGUAUUUUGGAGGUGCAUUCCAAUGGGUUUAGAUAUGUUCAUUCAAAUAAAGAAUAAUUGGAUAUUGUAUUUAAGAAUAUUAAGCAUUACAUUUAUUAAAGUCCAGAACAAGACAUUAUUGCUGCCCUGCAUUUCCAUCUUCAUUCUCCUAUAGUUCUAGGUAAGAGAAAGACACAUGAUGUAUAAUUCUAUUGUGAGGUAGGAGGAGCAGUAGAACAUUUGGAAGGAAGGAGGAAAAACAAUAAAAACGAUGACGACGAAAUAGAAGAAGAAGAGAGAUUGCGAGUGCAUAGAAAGAAGAUGGCAAGAGAAUUUGAAGUGUUCAUUAAAACAAUUGAGGAAAUGGGAGCAGAUUAUAAGAUAUAAUUUGAGAAGCCAUUUAGAGAUCUGGGAUUUGAAGGAAAUUGGAAUAGAGCAAGAUUGUUUUUACAACCCACUCAUAAUACUCUAAUGAAUGUAGUUGAAAGUCCAUUCUUUAUCUUGACAUUAUCUGAAGUUGAAAUAUGUUGUUUUGAACGUAUAAUCCCAGGCAUUAAAUCCUUUGAUCUAGUUUUUGUGUUCAAGAACUACGACAGAUAAGUGUUGAGAAUCGAGAGUAUUGACAUUAAAGAUUUGGAAGGAGUUAAAAGUUGGUUGGAUAGGGUAUCAUUAAAUAUGUUAUCAUAGAUGAAUUUGUUGUUUUUCGAAGUAGCAUAGAAUCUGGUCUGGAAAAAUGUACUUGCUCAAAUCUAAAAGGACAUUCCAGGAUUCGUGUAAGAUGGAGGUUGGACUAACAUUUUGGCUGAAAGUGAGGAAGAGGAAGGAGACGAUGAUGAUCCAGAAGCUGGAGACAGUGAAUUCUCACCUGAAUAAUCAGUACAUUAUGAUAUUAAUCCAAUAGGAAGAUGAUGGAGAUGAUGACUCUGAUUUCACUGAAGAUGAUGAUGAUGGUGAUGAUGACGAUGAUGAUGAUGGCGGAAGUGAUGAUGAUGAUGAUUUGUCUGAUGUUUUAGAUCUCAAUAAUAUCAGUGAAUAAGAUGAUGAUGACGAUGAUGAAUCUGAUUCUGGUAAUUUAUUAAUUGCAUUCUUUAGAUAAACCAAAACGUAAAAACAAAUCUAAACCUCAAUCCAAGCCAUAACCUAAACCAACUUCUGCCAAACCCACUCAAUAACAAAAAAGACCUCCACCUAGAAAAUGAG